AUGGCGGGCGCUGGCGGAAGCGGUGCGGGGGGACGCGGAGGUUCCGCGCGCGGGGGGGGCGCGCUGGCGCAGGAGCUGCUGCUGUACGUGUGCAGCGCGGGGAUCAGCGCGCUUGUGCUAAUCUUCACGUUCCGCCAGCUGGACCCCAACCGAGCGCAGGCGAAGCUCGCCAAGCAGCGGAAAAGGGAGAUCGCCAAGCGACUGGGUCGGCCGUACAUCGAGACCAACAUGUAUGAGGACGUGAUAGCCAACGACGUGAUCAACCCUCAGGACAUCCACGUCACCUUUGAAUCCAUAGGCGGCUUGCAGCACGUGAAGGCGUCUCUUCACGACCUUGUCAUUUUGCCCCUCCAGCGACCAGAGCUCUUUGCACAGGGGCGCCUGUUGCGACCACAGAAGGGUGUGCUGCUGUACGGCCCGCCAGGCACGGGCAAGACGUUGCUGGCAAAGGCGAUUGCCAAGGAGUGCAGAGCGGUGUUCAUCAAUGUGCGGAUCGCCAACCUCAUGAGCAAGUGGUUCGGGGACGCGCAGAAGCUAGUCACAGCGGUGUUCACGCUAGCACACAAGCUGCAGCCAGCCAUCAUCUUCAUUGACGAGGUGGAGUCUUUUCUGGGGCAGCGGCGGAACACGGAGCAUGAGGCGGUUACCAGCAUGAAGACGGAGUUCAUGUCGCUGUGGGACGGAUUCAGCACUGACGACACGGCACGGGUGAUGGUACUAGCAGCCACCAACCGCCCCUGGGAGCUGGACGAGGCCAUUCUCAGGCGCCUGCCCCGCCACUUUGAGAUUCCCCUGCCGGAUUUAGCCGGCCGCACCAGCAUCUUGGAAGUGAUCCUGCGGGACGAGGACGUGGAUGAGGACUUGGACUUGCAGGAGAUCGCCUCUCUAUGCGCGGGCUACAGCGGGUCUGAUCUCACAGAGCUAUGCAAGCAGGCGGCGUACCUGCCUCUUCAUGACUUUCUGAAGGAGGAGCGGAGAGCGCUGCAGGGGAAGGGGAAGGACCCCACCUCCCAGCGCCCCCUCGCCCGGGCGGACUUCCUGCGAGUGCUCAGCGAGUCCCGCCCGUCCCGAGACGCCGCCUUUGACUAUCUGCGCAAGCGCAGCAGCAGCAGCGCCAGCCUGCCGCACCUGGGAGAGGACCUUAACCCAACUGCUGCCACCACCAAUGGCACCGCCUUUCCCUCGUACCCUCAUGCGAAUGGAGGGGCGCUCACGCCGCCCAUGGCUGCUGGUGGUGCUUCGCAAGCAGCACAGCAGGCGGAUUUGAUGCGGCUGCUGUUUCAGGCGGCAAUGGCCUCGGCUUUGCAACCGCAAGCGUCACAGCCGCAGUCCAUGCAAGCACAGGGAGGGGAGGAGCAGAGCGUGCAACAGCAAGGGGUGUCCCAGCAGGCCUUGCAAUCAAGUGAAGGGGAGAUGGGUUCCGGAAACAGUGCUCCUGCCGGUGCUGGUUCCGCUGAUGCUGCUGGUGCUGCUGUAGGUGGUGGUGGUGGCGACGCGGACGGCAGUGAUGUUUCUGGUGAUGAUUGUGGAAGGUAG